AUGGGAUCGUGUCUCUCAGGAGCUUCUUCAGCUCCUUCUCCUCAUAAUAAUUAUCAUGAUUCUUCUUCUUCUUCAUCUUCGAGAAGAAACUAUUCGCGUGAUUCGAGUGCGGAAAUGAGGUUGCACAGAGUUCCUGGAAGAGUUUUCUUGAAUGGUUCAUCUCCUUUUGCGUCGUUGUUUUGUAGACAAGGUGGCAAGGGUGUAAAUCAAGAUGCAAUACUUCUUUGGGAGAUGUUUGGUGAUGCGGAUGAUACUGUAUUUUGUGGUGUGUUUGAUGGACAUGGACCACAUGGACAUGUGGUUGCGAAGAAAGUUAGAGAUUGUUAUCCUUUAAAGAUAAUGGAGGAAUGGAAUUCACGUCGCCGCGGUGAUGAUGAUGAUGGUGGUAAAACUAGUAACAAUAACAAGGAUGAUAUUUUAAAGAUGAUGAGAGAAUUGUUUUUGAUGGCGUCUAAGUUUGUGGACAAAGAACUCAAACUUCAUUAUGCCAUGGAAUCUUUUGGAAGUGGGACUACAGCUGUUACAUUGUUCAAGAAGGGCCAAGAACUAGUAACAGCAAACGUAGGAGACUCUAGAGCUGUUUUAGCAACCCUAGAUUCAAAUGGUUCUCUUAAACCACGUCAGUUGACGACCGACCUCAAACCAAAUCUUCCAAGGGAACUCGAAAGAAUAAGAAUUUGCAAAGGAAGAGUUUUCGCUCUCAACAACGAAUCAGAUGUUGCUAGAGUUUGGCUACCAAAAGUCGAUUCUCCAGGCCUAGCCAUGUCGCGUGCUUUCGGUGACUUUUGCCUUAAGAACUUUGGACUCAUAUCUGUCCCUGAAGUUGCCUAUCAUCGCCUCAAUAACCAAGACCAGUUUGUUGUCUUGGCCACAGAUGGUAUAUGGGAUGUUCUGUCUAACAAAGAAGUUGUCAACAUUGUGGCAUCUGCUCCACGAGCUUCUGCGGCUAAACAACUUGUUGAAUCAGCUGUUCAAGCAUGGAAGACGAGGCUUCCAACUUCUAAGCUUGAUGAUUGUUCUGCAGUUUGCCUCUUCUUUCAUCCAAACACCAAUAAUACCCCUAAGAGAAACACUAGUACAACUGUGGGAGAGAAAGGAGUAAUAGAAUCACAUGACAAAACAAAACAAAGGCACCAAUAG